GAGGUGCCAAGUUUUGGUUUCCCACCGGGUAGAUAUUAUCACACAAAGACGAGUCUUUGGGUAUUCGCGCCCAAUCCUAAACAUGUUUGCCAUGAGUGGAUCCUUCUUCUGCCCCACUUCUUCAAACCCACCAUUUCUUCGAUCUUCAAGAAAAACAUCACUUAUUAGUUACCAAAAAAUCCAAAGAAACCCACUUCAGAAAACGUUAACAUCUUCUUCAUCAAUUUGUAAAGGAAGAAAAUCAUCGAUUGUUAGAGUUUUAAGAGAAGAUAUUGAAAAAGAAAUUGAAACAUCUACUGAGAUAAUUGAUAUCGAUUUGUCUAUUACUGAGUCAAAUCAAGGAGAGAGUCUUAUCACUAGUAAUAAGGAAGUUCCAAUUCUGGUUGAAUAUGAUGAAGAAGAACAACAAGAAACCCUUAAUCAACAACAAAUCAAAAGUAAGGUGAAAAAAGAUUCUAAGAAAGCAGAUGAAGAAGAGGAAAAUAUAUUCAAGUUGAGAAAUGGCAAACAGGUUGUUGCAGAGAAAGCAUAUUUAGUUGGUGUUGAGCUCAAAAAUGUUUCUGAUGGUUCAUUCAGCUCAGAAGAAUCACUCAAAGAACUUGGCCAAUUAGCUGAUACUGCUGGGCUAACAGUUGCUGGUUCUACAUAUCAGAAGCUUGCUACUCCGAAUCCGAGGACUUAUGUAGGUUCUGGUAAGGUUGUCGAAAUCAAAAGUGCAAUUAAUGCAUUGGAUGUGGAGACUGUAAUAUUUGAUGAUGAACUUUCAGCAGGGCAACUGAGGAAUUUGGAAAAAGCUUUUGGUGGGAAGGUUCGAGUUUGUGACCGCACUGCUCUUAUUCUGGAUAUCUUCAACCAACGGGCUGCAACACAUGAAGCAGCUUUGCAGGUUGCACUAGCACAGAUGGAAUACCAACUACCACGACUCACAAAAAUGUGGACUCACCUUGAGCGUCAGUCUGGUGGGCAGGUGAAGGGUAUGGGUGAAAAACAAAUUGAAGUGGAUAAACGUAUCUUGCGAACUCAAAUUGGCGUUCUGAAGAAAGAAUUAGAUUCUGUUCGACAACAUCGUAAGCAAUACCGCACACGCCGUCUUUCAGUUCCAGUCCCUGUAGUAUCUCUGGUUGGGUACACAAAUGCUGGAAAGAGUACACUUCUAAAUCACUUGACUGGAGCCAAUGUUCUUGCUGAGGAUCAAUUAUUUGCUACACUUGAUCCAACUACUAGAAGGGUGCAGAUGAAGAACGGUAAGGAAUUCCUUCUGACGGAUACUGUAGGAUUCAUCCAAAAGCUGCCAACUACACUUGUUGCUGCUUUUAGAGCGACAUUGGAAGAAAUAUCGGAAUCAUCACUUUUGGUGCAUGUGGUGGAUAUUAGCCAUCCACUUGCACAGCAGCAGAUAGAUGCUGUUGACAAAGUCCUAUCUGAACUGAAUGUUUCAUCAAUACCAAAAUUGAUAAUCUGGAACAAGGUUGAUAAAGUCAGUGACCCAUGUAACCUCAAGAUUGAAGCAGACGCAAGAGAAGAUGUUAUUUGUGUAUCUGCUCUUAGUGGUGAUGGGCUACAGGAUUUCUGUGACGCAGUUCAAUCAAAACUCAAGGACUCUAUGGUAUGGGUGGAAGCCCUCAUCCCAUUCGAUAAAGGGGAACUUCUAAAUACAAUACAUAGGGUUGGAAUGGUAGAGGGAACUGAAUACACAGAAGAUGGGACGUUGAUUAGGGCACAUGUUCCCCUCCCAAUUGCUAGGCAGCUAACGCCAAUGAGGCAGCUUUGUUUUCCAUCAUAACUACCAGAUAUGACAAAUAGUUGCAAUUAUGCUAUGUAAAGGAGUGUCUGAAGUAAAGUUGAUGAUUGAAUCUGUUGUCCAAGAAGCAAUCCAGGCUUGAAGAGUAGAAAACUGUUGAAUAUAAUUAAAGUGUUGAGGCAGACAAGCUUUCCAAAUUGCACUGGCAAAGGGGCAAGUAAGGAAUAAGUGAUUGAUAUCUUUUAUAUGCAGAGUAUUGCAGAGGACACAACUAUUAUCAUUUGCAUUUGUUAUGUGCAAAUUUGCUUUAACAGGA